AUGGCGGAUGAAUGGAGAUUAUUUUUUACUGAUUUAGAAUCAUUGCUAAAUUUUUAUGAGCAGAACCAGCGUUCGAAUGAUGUUGUCACGAAAGAGCUACUAUCGAUUCAUUUAGAAAUCGCGGUGAAAGCUUUACAAAACAUAGUAAUCUAUAUAUCUAGUGAGAACAAGCCAGCCGUUCUUGAAAUAACAAGGAAUUUCCAGGUUAUGUACUGGGAUUGCCGCCGCACCUGUGAAUUUCCUAGGCGUACAAGAUGCGCACAAGUUGCUGUAAUGUCCCUAGUUUCCCCAAGCCUCGUCAUGGAUGGUGGAGUUGGUAGACCGAAAUUUAACAUUAGAGAGGACACUUUAAUUGAGCUUCGCGCUCUUGGCUUCAGUUGGACAAACAUUGCCAAGAUGCUACUUGUCUCCCGGUGGACUAUUUAUCGGAGGGCUCGUGAGUUUGGCCUCAUCUACAUGAGCAGAUUUAGUGACAUUACGGACCAACAGUUGGACGAUAAAGUGCGUUCUUUUAUCAACGAACAUGGGAACCUUGUAGGGUCUUCCAUUGUGUGGGGGCACUUGCGAUCUGCGGGCCUAACUGUACAACGAGAACGGGUUUGUAAGUGUUUAGCACGUAUUGAUCCUGACAAUAUCAGGAUACGUUGGGCAGUAACAGUCUCAAGAAGAGCCUAUCAAUGUGCAGGUCCAAAUUACAUCUGGUAUUUGGAUGAAAAUCACAAAUUGGUUAAGUGGGGAUUUGUGACACACCUUGCCAUUGAUGGUUACACAAGGGUUAUUACAUUUGGAAAAACAUCUAACAAUAACCAAGCUGAUACUGUGCCAAGAAUUUUUAACCAGGCUGUUGAGCAAUACGGCAGACCCUUUCGUGUUAGGACUGACUAUGGUGGAGAAAAUAUAAAGGUUUGGCAGAAUGAUUGA